AUAUCAGUAACAUAUACGAGACCACAGUUAUUUAGACGGUCCCAACUUUUAUAUAUAUAUAUAUUUACAUAGUCAUCAUAUACAUAUCUGUUAAUAUACACCAUGUCUGGAGCUCCACCUGAUGAAACUGAUCAAAAUAUUGAAAUCUGGAAGAUGAAGAAACUCAUCAAGAACCUUGAAGCUGCUCGAGGUAACGGUACUUCCAUGAUUUCUCUUAUUAUUCCUCCCAAAUCUCAAAUUAGUAUGGUUGCCAAAAUGUUGGCUGAUGAAUAUGGUACUGCUUCGAACAUCAAGUCUAGAGUGAAUCGUUUAUCUGUAUUGUCUGCUAUUACUUCUACCCAACAAAGAUUGAAAUUAUACAACCGAGUUCCUACCAAUGGUCUUGUGGUUUACUGCGGUACAAUUGUAACGGACGAAGGCAAAGAAAAGAAGGUCAAUAUUGAUUUUGAACCUCAUAAACCAAUCAACACAUCACUUUAUCUUUGCGACAAUAAAUUCCAUACUGAAGCCUUAUCUGAAUUGUUGGAAGCGGAUGCCAAAUUUGGAUUUAUUAUUAUGGAUGGUAAUGGUGCUUUGUUUGGUACUUUAUCUGGAAAUACUCGUGAUGUGAUUCAUAAACUUCAAGUCGAUUUACCCAAGAAACACGGUCGUGGUGGUCAAUCUGCUUUACGUUUCUCUCGUCUUCGUGAAGAAAAACGUCAUAACUAUGUCCGUAAGAUUGCUGAAUUGGCCGUCAACUUUUUUAUUACCAAUGACAAGGUUAAUGUGGCAGGUUUGGUAUUAGCUGGUUCUGCCGAUUUCAAAACGGAAUUGUCUCAAUCUGAUAUGUUUGAUCAACGUUUACAAGCCAAGAUUGUCAAGGUGGUAGAUGUAUCUUAUGGUGGUGAAAAUGGAUUCAAUCAAGCCAUUGAAUUAUCAGCAGAAUCUCUCUCCAAUGUGAAAUUUGUGCAAGAAAAGAAAUUGAUUCAAUUAUACUUUGACGAAAUCUCUCAAGAUACUGGUAAAUACUGUUUUGGUAUUGAAGAUACUCUCAAGGCGUUGGAAUUGGGUGCAGUGGAAAGUUUGAUUGUAUGGGAAAGUUUGGAAGCAAACCGAUAUGUGUUACGUGAUGCCUCUGGCACUGAAAUUGUCGUACAUCCUACCAAGGAAGAAGAAAAGGAUCGUUCGUUCAUGAUCGAUCGUUCUCCUGAAGCUGCCUCUGCUAAUGCUGAAAUGGAAGUCGUUGAAGUCAAGCCUCUAUUGGAAUGGUUCGCCGAUCGUUACAAGGAUUUUGGUGCCAAUUUGGAAUUCGUUACAAACCGCUCUCAAGAAGGUGCUCAAUUCGUCCGUGGUUUUGGUGGUAUUGGUGGCAUUCUUAGAUACCGUGUCAACUUUGAACAACUUAACUAUGAAUCGGAUGAAUUCUAUGAUAGUGAUGACGAUUAUAUUUAAAUGAUAGUUUUAACUGAAAAAAAAUUGAAAAAAAACAAAACAAUAAAGAUAAUAAAAGAAUGAUGGUGAAACUGCUGGAUGGUUCUCUAUGUAUUGCUGCUGUUUUAU